CUCCGCAAUCCUCCGAAAGAUAGCAUGAUUUAAACAAAUCGUCUGAUGAUCCAGAGUUCUAAAUUUCUGACAAUCAUCCAAAUGAUCGAUCAAGCGGUCUGCUAGAAUUUCUAUAGUAUAUUUCCAGUUAUAUUUGAUGUGUACAAGAUGACAGUGGAUUAUUUGACCUGCGGCCAGUGCUCCAGGGAAUUCCCACUGCAAGGCAUCACUCUGUUCAUUCAGCAUAAGAAAUUGGACUGCAAUGAUGACCUGACUUGUCCAAACCAGGCAUUCGACUUGAAGUGUAAUUUCUGUGAAGCUGGCUUCCAGACCGCCUGGGGUCUCUUGCUGCAUGCCCAGAUAACCCACAAUGUGAAGAUCUUUCUUGAGAAAACAUCGAAAUCCAUUGUUAAUAACCUCUCAACACCACUCUCUAUCCAGUCCCCAGUCAUUCCUAGUUUUACAAGUUCUCAAAAUGCAUGUGGUUCUCAGAAAAGCUGUACAGAAUCAGAAAAAUCUUUCAGAGCGAUUUACACCCAGAAAAAUACAACUGCAUUCAGUGAAAAUAGGAAGACAGGAUUUGAGGAUGUAUCUACAGCUAGUAGAAAACCAAAUGAAUUUGAGUUAACUAAGACUUGUCCACUGCAAGAAACCUUGAAUGAUAAGGGUGCUGUGGAUCUGCAAAGUACAUGUAUUGGUUACAUGCCAACUCAGGUUACUUACACCACUCUGGCUGCAAACUCAAUUUUUCCACCAAGACAAGUAAAGCUGCUACCCAGAGCCCCUUUAACAUUACGUGAAAACAGGACCAUUGUGUUUAACACUCGUCCUAGUGUGCAGCCUUUAAAUUUUGAUGCAAGCAGGAAUAUGACUCUUGCAGCGGUUACGCCAAUUUUACAUGUACCAUUCAAUGUGACACCGAGUGUACCAAUGCAGGGCACAGUUUUGACUGUUAUACCAAAUGUGGCCACAACUACUGGGGUGGCAACAAUUGCCAACACUACACCAUUUGUCUCUUCCAGUAACUCCUUCAGUAUUUUACCAAAGACUUUGCAGCUUGCUACUACAACUGUUGCAAAGGCAGAUAUUCCUUCUGAAAACAUUUCAGAAGAUGCAAAUAACCACCAAUUAGGGACGGAGAUGGAGCUAGAAGAGUGUGAGGCUUUAGAUCCGGAGGAAGACAAGUUGGAUGAUCCAGAGUUGGACUCGGACCAGACUUGCUGCAACGACCAAGGAUGCGGGGUCACUGUUAUACCAGGCUCACACGAGCACCUCCAGAAAUGCUGUAAUGCUGUGGUACCCAAGAAACGAAAGCGCCACAUGGAGUUGAAGCACAUGCCAUUCUCUUGGGGCUUGAGUCGUUAUGCAAGAAGGAAAAUUAUGCAUAGAAGCAGAGCAUGUAGUGCUGCUAGAACGGUAAAUACACACAUUUCUAGCAAGCCACAAUCCAGAGGUACCAAUACUAUAUAUAUCGACGUUGAGUCUGAUUCACUGCUCUCCAAUGAUUCUCAGGGUGCUUCGUUCAGCGUUCGUCAGUCGGUAGGUGAUGACCAAGACAAUGGGCGAGAUUCCCCUCGGUCACAAUUAAGUGAUGUCACACCUAUGAAGCAAAGGUCUUUGAUUCUUAAGCCAGGAUCUUUGUUAUCAAUUCCGUUUACAUAUUCCUUUCCAACAACAUGCAUUUUACCGAUUUCUGGAAAAGCUCUCAACUCGACCUGUACAUCAACAGUGUCCAUACAGUCUGAUACAGGUAGUCGAGCCCUAACGCAGAUAGUGCCAAACACUUCUGCAAACAUAGUAGUGAAAAGCAACUCUAAUCCAAAGUUUCAGACUGGUAUGAAAGAAAUGAUACGAUCCUCCAUUCUUGCAAAGCAGUCCAGCAAACCACCAACAUUGCUGUCACAAAAUGCAGAGAGCGAUGACAGAAGUGAGUCUUCGAAACCGUUCCAGUGUGAGAAAUGUUCCAUGGCUUUCAACCAAAGAAUUCAUCUUAAAAAACACAUGAGCAAGCAUACAGGCAUUAAGCCAUAUAAAUGUGAUGAGUGUGACUAUUCAACAGUGGAGCGAUCACAUCUCAAAGUCCACAUUCGAAUACACACAGGUGAGAAACCAUUCAAGUGCACAUACUGCGAGUACGCGACGGCCCAGAACUCGACAUUGAAGAUCCACCUGAAGCGUCACCAUGGCAGCCGCAUGUUCCAGUGCUCCACGUGUAGCAAGCAGUUCACAGAGGAGCGACAGCUGAAGGGGCACGCCAGGGAGCAUAGGCCUGGCAGUGGCGGCGCUGAGUCUUCACAGGCAAUCUCUUCAGAGGAGACUCCUGGAAGCUCUUCAGGAGGCGUGUCUCAGGAUGUGCCUGGAUCAACCAAUCAGCAGACAGCUUUGACUGGAUCAACCAAUCCGCACAUGCCCUCAUUGGUCGAGCUAUUGGCCAAUCAGACAACAGAUAACAGAAGUUCAACCACUACCUCAGUGUCAGCCAAUGAGAAACCAGAUGUUGAUCAUGUGAUUUCUGUUAAUGAAAAUUCUUAGAACGAGGAUAAAAAGUGAUGGUAUUGAGGUGAAUUGAACUCACAAUAUUUGCAUACUGUUAAUGUUUGUAUCAGGGUUUUGGGGCCACAUCAAAAAAUUAAGAUUUUAAAUCAAAAGUGAUUCAUAAUUAAGUUUUGGUUGAAAGGAACCAAAUUCUUGUCCUCCACUUCAUUAUAGGUAAGGUCAUUUUUUUCUGUUGCUGUGUUGAAUUUCCAGUUUAUAUGUUAAGUCAUGAUCAUGACGUUUGGCUUUUAUCCAAUGAAUCAUUAUUAAUUAUACCUCUGUAUGAUCAAUUCAAAUUUGUUAAUUUCUAUUCAACUUCACUUCUUGUAAUCUCAAACAUACAUGAACAGUGUCAUGUAAAUGGCAAAGGUGAAGGUGAAUUGUCAUAAUCCAGUUUGCUGUUUUUAACUUUUGACUUUACAGUGACUUCUUGUCUGAUUUUAAAGGGAUCUUUUCACAGAUUUUUCAUGUAUUGAAGAUUGUCAUUCAAUGUUUAAUAUUUAUAAAUGUUAACAUUUGAACUAAAUAGAUCCAGUAAAAAUAAAAACAAUAAUACAUUUAAUGUGUAAUAGUCUCGGGUUCAAUUUAACUAUUAAACCUAAAAAGGCUUUUGGGAGUAAGUCAACGCAAAAUUGAAAUAAGUGAAAUAACCCUUUAUUAAUACUCUAUUAAAUACUAAGCUGGAAAUUAUCUAUAAAGUGGAAUUCUGGAUUCCAAUUAUACCUUUGUAAGGCGUUGUCCUAAGUCGGAGCAAUGACUCCUUCAGUGGAAGAUGACUUCCCAGAGUACAGAGUACAAUCAAUAUACGUAUGGCAAAAAUAUAACAAUGUACAAACAAACCCACUCCCACCCUCAACUAGAAUUUAAAUCUUAGAUAAACCCACCCAACACGAAAAUACACAAACCCCUUAAGCAACAUUAUAAUAAAGUUUUGAUAACAAAAAGGGAAAUCAUUAAUCAAAAGGGAGAAAAAUCGGUCCUAUUACAAAUGAAAGAUAAAAUGUAAAGCCUCAACUGGGCUCAAAUCACUGACCCUUGGAGUGAAAGUCUUGCACAGAAACCACUCGGCUAUCUGUGCUUACAUAAUGUAGAGCCUAUUUUAGACUUUAUAUAAGCAAUCCUCUUAAUGUAAAAAAAUAUAAUGAUGACAACAGAACACUCCAAAUUAUUGAAUCAUUUCGUGCUUGUAACGCUUUAUAAUUUUCAGGUAAUUAAAUCAUCAAAAAAUGCAUAUAAUUGAUAUUUUAGAGCAUAGUAAAUGUUCAGUAUUACUGUUUCCUCAUCAAUAUCAUAAAUACAACAAAAAAUUGAAAUCUGAAACAUUUUGUUUGUGUCAAUUUAUCAAAACAUGAAAACGUCUUUUAAAUUAAUAUCCAAGGCUGAAUACAUAUUGUCCAUUUAAUAUUAAUUUUAAUUAUUGAAAGUUACUAAAGUUGUUUGUUUUGAUGAUAUGAGUCUUGUUCUGAGAAAAUUGGGAAUAAUGCAUGUGCGUAAAGUGUCGUCCCAGAUUAGCCUGUGCAGUCAGCACAGGCUAAUCAGGUAUAACACUUUCCGCCUAAAUUCGAUUUUUGCUUAGAAGAGACUUCAUUUAAAUGAACAAUGUCGUACAAGCGGAAAGUGUUGUCCCUGAUUAGCCUGUGCGGACUGCACAGGCUAAUCUGGGACGACACUUUACGCACAUGCAUUAUUCCCAAUUUUCUCAGAACAAGAAUCAUAUCAAGACUAUGUUUUGCAUGCAAUAUUCAUGACGUUCAAUUCAUGACUUUCACUAUGCAGGGCUUUAGUCAAAGUACAUGUUUGUAUCGGGUCAAUAUGUUAGUGGUGCAUUUUAAUGUCCCCCAAUUUAUACUGGGGGACAUAUUGUUUUUGCCCUGUCUGUUGGUUUGUUGGUUUGUUUGUGUCAAACUUUAACAUUGGCCAUAACUUUAGCAGUUUUGAAGAUAGCAACUUGAUAUUUGGCAUGCAUGUGUAUCUCAUGGAGCUGCACAUUUUGAGUGGUGAAUGGUCAAGGUCAUCUUUCGAGGCCAAAGGUCAAAUUAAGGGGGGGGGGGGAGGACAUAGUGUUUCACAAACACGUCUUGUUAGAUUUCAAAAUUAAUUUGGGCAAUUAAUUAUUAUAUCAAGACAAAGUGUCGGGUGAAACAACAAUGUCACUUUAGGGUCAAGGUCACAGUUGGCAGUUGAAGACCUGAUAUGGUUAUAGUGAAAGUGGUUGUUCAUGAGUUCUUCUUUGUGUUACUGAAUUGUUCAUUUUUUUCAUCAUUUCAACAAAAUGUGUUGUGUGCACCAAGUUUGUACAUGCUUGAAGGUCAAUGUUACAAUUUUGAGAUAGGCUUUAUGUGUAGACUCAAUUACAAACGAUUGGUUUCUUACAAGGGACAUGCGAUAUAAAAAAACAAACAAUUGCACAUAUUGACACUUUUGCUUGAAGUUAGGGGGAAUGCAUGUUAAAAAUCAUCUAUUGUUUUGUCCUGUGAUAUACAUUGUAUUAUAAUUUAUUUAUAUGAACGAAUCAUCAUUUGUGUUUGUUAGUGAUUUUUCUGGAAAUAAAUUUGUUUACUCAUCUGUC